AUGUUCCUAUCGCGAACUGAGGCAUCUCGGAACGGAGAGCAAGAGGGACAGUCCCGAUACGGCGGAACCUGGGUCAUCGAGAGCAGUCUAGACGACGAGGCAGCCACGCUGCCCAUCCUCGUCGCCCCCGAUGAGGAUGUUGAUGAGAACAGUCCAUCCCAACUGCUCGCUCGCUCAGACUCCAGCACCGACUCGCUGCCGACAGCCUUCGACACCAAUCUCUCCAACAACUUCACAGCCGAGAGCUGCCCCAAGUUCUUCAACGCCUUCCUCUCCAACUCGACCGUCACCUCCUGCUACCCCAUCUCGCUCCUCCUCCACGACUCAACCUCCUUCUUCCACACCCUCACCUCCGCAACCGCCACCUCGCAUGUCCUCGACCUCUCCUGCGCCGCGUCCGUCGACACCUGCACAUCCAUCUUCAACCGCCUCGCGACCAACCUUCUCAAAGACGACGCCUGCGGCAAGGACUACAAGCUCGGGAACCCGCUCGUCACAGACGCCUACACAGGCUUCAUCACCUACGAGCCCGUCUACCGCGCCUCCUGCCUCAAGAACCCCGACACAAACGACUACUGCUUCGUCGACGCAGCCACGAACGCCUCCUCCCCGCAGAAUAUCGACACCUACUCCCUCCCCGCGGGGUCCUCCAUCGUCGCGGAACCCUGGCCGACCUGCAACGAGUGCUUGCAAGCCAGCAUGGAUAUCUUCAGCCACUGGGCGCAGGUGGACGGCCAGCCGCUCGAUACGUCCUAUCUCCCCUCCGCGUUGGCGCUGAACCGGCAUUGUGGCGAUAAUUUCGCGAAUGUGAAUAUCACCGUUGGGAGCGUGAAGUCGACAGCGACGUCGGGGGCUUGGGGGCCGGCGUCUGUUGAUUGGCGGUUAGUCGGGUGGACGGUGGCUCUGAGUAUUGGGAUGUCGGUGCUGGGGGUUUAUUGA